CUCCGUUCUACUACUUUCAAUCGUCAGUGUUUUCAGCCGAAGACCUAAGGCUAUAGUACCUCUGGUUCAAAACAUAAACAUAUGUUACUUAAUUGAGAUCACGAUGCGACGUUGUCAGGAAUGUACUAUUAUAUAAAACUCAUAGUGCAGCUAAUCUAAUUUAAAAUUCUAUGUCAGGUGGUCUGGUUCCUCUUGUCAUCGUUGUUUCACACAGUUACGAAAAUUAUGCACGGAAAUGCUAGCAAUUCGUCUGAUCCCCGAAGGCCUGACAAGGAACACAGGUACAGGCCUCCUGUUCCAACUACACAGGCAGCUCCGGGUGAAGACUUGACACCUGACUUUAUGAAUAUCUUGGGCAUGAUCUUCAGCAUGUGUGGCCUAAUGAUGCGGCUUAAAUGGUGUGCCUGGGUUGCCCUGUACUGUUCCUGCAUAAGUUUUGCAAAUUCUCGUGUUAAUGAUGACACAAAACAAAUACUCAGCAGUUUCAUGUUGUCUAUUUCUGCUGUUGUUAUGUCGUACCUACAGAAUCCUCAACCAAUGAGUCCACCAUGGGCUUCAGUACUUCAAUGACAGUAAAUGUAUACCGGUAUGGUAUAUUGAUUGUGAAUGCAGAUUGUGUUCAUUAACAAUUUUUUAAAUUCAGUGGAAAUCCUUUGUGUAUAUAAAUACGAGAAAUAAAGACUAAAUGGCUCUUCACAACUUUCUUUUCUUGAGUUGCAAGUAGUUCUUUAGAUGACUUUUUAAAAAUCUUUUUAUGUAAAUGUUCUCACCAUAUUUUCUGUGUAAUUGAAAGAAAAAAUUAGGUUUUAUUUGAAUAAGGUGAUUAACAAAGUUUUCAGAAUGUCAUCCCCAGAUUAAUCACAUAUCCUAAAAGUAAUGUUCGGAAAAGAGCAGACAGUGUCCAAAUAUUUGGAAUACCUGGGAAGUCUGAGAUUAUGAAUAAAUUUUACACAUAAAAUGAGUCAAGAAUAAAAAAAAAUCAUUGGAAUUAAAUGCAUUGUGUAUGCUAGAGUUGCUGCAAGCAAAAAAAUAUGUAAAAUGAAGAAAAGAAAAUUGAAAACUAGAUAUAACACAUCUCACAGGAAAAGGAAGCCAAAAGAAUUAGGAACACACACACUCAAACAUUGUUAUUGCAUUUUUGGAGAUCUAUGCAGCCACCACAGUCCAUUGACCUUCACUUCGUCAGAUGUAUCUCACACCUCAUCCCUUGAUUGUAAACGAUUUUUGUAUUAAAAUUAUUGAAAAUUAAAAGUAGUAUCUAAAUUGGUGAGUUUUGAUACAGUUUUUAGCGUAACUAACAUGCACUGUUUUCAGAAAAGUGAGGAUCAAACACAGUGGUGGAGUUUGCAGUUGAGUGAAGAAAAGUUCUUCAUGGAAUUAAACUAAAUCUUUAACUUCGUGCUCCGGAACUUGCUUCUGGAUCAAUUUUCUUAUUCCAAGUACAGCUCGUACAAUAUUAAGAAAGCGUGUGCAAGGGGUGUGUGGCGUGUUGGAAAUAUUUAGUCAGUUACAAAAAGAAGUGCUUAGAGUUCAAGAACAUACAGAAAUAACCUCCAUGAAAUGUGGAACAAAUUUAUAUUUACU